AUGUCGACACCUGAUGCGGUCUCCCAGCGAUUGGACCAGCGACGAACGACAUUGGUCGUCCCCAAUGCUCAUUGCCCUACUGAUGUUGCCUUCAUCGACGCCGCCCUUGCUCGACUUCACCCUCCGCCCAUCUCGGUGGCAACGUCUAUCGUGACGCAUACCGUGGCAGUACAUCAUGAUCCGUCAUUGAAGCCGCGCGUGAUUGCAAACGCGCUAGACGAGGCGGGCUAUGACGUUGAGUCAAUCAGCCCAGAAGGAACGCGAGAUACACCCGUCAGCCCAGGCCGGCGGGACGGAAGCUUCUUUUCACGAUCGCUUAGGAGUUGGGGUGGGGGAGAAAAAGCAAUGGACAAGGAGACGAAAAUAGAGCGGCAUCGGUCGCACUGUGAGCUUUGCCGUGCUCAGUACGAAGACGCAGGCCGCAGGACCGAUAGGACCGACCAAGGCACUCCUGAAUAUCCAGCCAUAGCGAUUGACUCUCUGUCGUCACAACCUGACAACCUCUUCCGGGCAACCCUUUCGAUCAACGGCAUGAGCUGCAGCUCCUGCAUUGGGAAGAUUGUUACAACUCUGGAGGAGAGGGCGUGGGUGGUUUCCGUCAACGUUGCCAUGGCGACGCAGAGUGCGGUCAUUGAUUUUCGAGGAAGAAAUGCCGACGCUGCGCAAUUCAUCAUGAUCAUCAACGACCUGGGCUAUGAGACAAGCCUGGUAGACGUAACGAAACUGCUGACACAGGCAGAGUCCGGGCCGCGCGCUGCUCGGGAUGCGUGGAAAAUCAGCUAUUCCAUUGAAGGUAUGACCUGCAGCUCCUGUGUAGGCACAGUUAUGCAGGCAAUCCAAGAUCUUAGCUGGGUGCAGAGCGUAGACGUCAGUCUUGUCAGCAACAGUGCAACGGUCAUUUUCGAAGGGAAACAUCACCUGGACGAGAUCACUACUACGAUCGAGGAUGUUGGCUAUGGUGCCACCGUGAACGAUGUAGUCCCCGUCUCCACCGGAGUCAAGUCACAUGACGGCCGCAGAUCAUUGUCCAUCAAAGUCAAUGGGAUGUAUUGUCAACAUUGCCCCAGCAAGAUUGCCGAUGCACUCAAUCGAUUCAACGGGCGGGUGACCAUUGAUAAGUUCGGGGCUGUGGAAGACCCCAUUUUCGCCGUCUCGUACGUCCCCGAGGCACCGGACUUCACAAUUAGAGCCAUUCUUGCUGCCAUUUCCUCAUCUGAUCCAGCUUUUGCGCCGACUGUUUACCAUCCACCCACUCUGGAAGAGCGCGCGAAGCGGAUACAUGCUUGCGUGCAGCGGCGGAUAUUUAAUCGGGUCCUUCUCUCGAUUAUCGUCGCCAUUCCCACCUUCGUCAUUGGCAUCGUAUACAUGGCGCUUGUCUCUGCGACUAACUCUGGACGCCGAUACCUUAUGCAGCCUUUACAUGGUGUCAGCCGUGCAGAGUGGGCACUUUUCGUCAUGGCCACUCCUGUCUAUCUCUUUGCAGCUGACGUUUUCCACCGCCGCACAAUCAAAGAACUUCACUCUACCUGGAGACCGGGAAGCUCUGUCCCUAUGCUACGCAGAUUCUACCGCUUCGGGAGUAUGGAUAUGCUGAUAUCUCUGGGUACCACGAUCGCUUACUUCUCCUCUCUUGCCGAACUGAUCAUCGCGGCGGCUUCGCCUCGCACGAGGAGCGUCAGCAUCAACUCCACCUAUUUCGACUCCGUGGUCUUUCUCACCAUGUUUCUGCUUAUUGGUCGCAGCAAAGCCAAAACUGGAGACGCUGUGGCUACUCUCCAGCAUCUACGACCCAAGGAAGGACUCUUAGUGCUGGCAGAUGGUGAAUCGAAAGCUGACAGACGGGUCGAGGCUGUCAAUGUGGAUUUGAUCGACCUGACCGAUAUCGUGAGAGUCGUCCACGGCGGAUCUCCGCCCUGGGACGGAGUCAUAGUUUUCAAGGACAGCAUUUUCGAUGAGUCUUCCUUGACCGGCGAGUCGAGACCUGUCACGAAACUCCCUGGUGAUACUGUCUACUCCGGUACGAUCAACAAAGGAGGGCCUGUCUCCAUUCGAAUCACUCGCGCAGCGGGUGACUCAAUGUUGGAUCAGAUCAUCGGAGUGGUACGUGAGGGUCAGGCGCGCCGCGCGCCGAUUGAGAGGGUAGCCGAUUCGCUCACCAGUUAUUUCGUCCCCGUUGUUACCCUCCUCGCUAUUGCCACGUGGUUGAUCUGGCUGGGACUCGGGGUUUCUGGCGCUUUACCUCGGACCUACUUAGACAUCGAGACGGGCGGCUGGCCUCUGUGGCCCUUGCAGUUUGCUAUUGCCGUCUGCAAGGGUCUUUCACUAUGCCCGAUGGGACACAUGACUUUGAGAUAA